GUGGCCCAUUGAAGAGCGCGAAUUUCGGAGUGAAUGUUACGUGUAGGAGACAUGGGGUUGUUGUUCUUUGGGCAGAUAUCAAAUGUGUUGAUAGUUUUAUAAUGACAAAACAUUACUUCAAAUAUUUCUUAACGAAUAAUCAUAUUUCAUAAAUAACUACAAUUGAUAUAGGAAUAGUAGUAGUAGUAGUGGUAUUAGCAGUGCUCAAAGUUGAAGCAAUUUGUAUUUUCUCACCAUCAUCAUCGUCAUCAUCAGUAUAUAUUUUUACAAGUGUAUGUACACUACAUGGGAAUAUUCACGCUCACCAUUUGUAUUUUGAUGAAUUAAACAUGAAUGAUGAUCAACAGCAGCUUAAAAGUAAAUAUGAGAGAUUGUGUGUAGAGUUUAAAAAGCUUCGUACAAAAUAUAAGGCUUUAAAAGACAAUGAAAAUGAAACAGGUCAACAAUUACAGGAGAAUUUAUCAAAGAAAGAUGCGUAUAUCAAGAGAUUACAAGAUGAAAUAGCAUAUUUGAAAUCACAUCUCUCCUUAUCAUCAAAAUCAUUUGAUGAAGGUCAUGAAGGCCUUCUUCUUCAUCAUCAUCAUCAUCAUCUAAAUGGUGUUAUGAUCAGUGAUUCAAAUCAUUUAUCAACAACAACAUCAUCAUGCCUCAGUCCAACUCAGUCGCUUCCUUUUACGCAUACAACUCAUAAGCUUGUUGAAGAUGACUCUGGGAAGUUAAGUGAUCAGGUGAAUCCUGCUGGAAUUCGGGGAAAUAAUUCAACAUCUUGUAGUACAAAAGCAGUUUGUACAGAUGUUGGUGUACAAACAGAAUCAUUUGUUGGUACAGUUAGCUCUACGCUUAAUGCUGCUACUAAAAUCACUGUUCCAGUUUCUACAUCUGAUGAGAUGAGCAUAAUCAACAAAUGUAAUUCACAAAAUAGUCCUCUGACAGAAAAUCAAGUAACCACUGACACUGAACAACAAGAUCCCCUCUCACUCGAAAGACAUAAUCCAAUAGACGACAAUAAAAUUGGUGUUAACCAGAACUCUUUAAACCUGGUUUCUGCGUCCUCUAUGAUUAAUGAUAUUUGUCCAUCUGUUAAACACCUUCAGAGUGAAUCAAAUACUGCUAGUACUACUAAUACUGCGGCUGCUUCUGCUGCUAACCAUCCAGCGUCUUCUAUCUCCACACCAUGCAUACCAUCAUCUUUUCCAUGUAGUAAUUUCUCUUCUACGCCGUUAGUCUCCUCCUCCUCCUCAUUAUCAUCGACUACUCUUCCUUCAUCAGUUCAUCAAGGCAAUAAUGACAACAGUUUAAUUGAACAAUUUAUUAAUCUAUUAAAUAAUUGGAUAAAUUCACUACAAAUCAAUAAAAAUGUAUUAAUAAUGGAUAAAGAAAAAAUCAAUAAAAUCCUAACCAGUCGUAUUGGACAGUUGGAAAGUCAAGUAUGUGAAAUAUCAUUAAAAUAUCAAAUGGAACGUAAACGUCGAUUAAAAGAACAACAGAAUUUAACAAGUGAUGAAAAUAAAAAUGCCAACAAUAGCAUUAAUAAUUCAUGUUCAGAUGUAAAUGAAAGCGAACAAUCCAGUGGUUGUAAUGCGAUGACUAACUUACGCAAUUCGAUGAUUCAGCGGAUCGCUUCAGCUACUGAAGAGGCCAUUUACUUUGCAUCUCGAGCUAAUCUCCUACAAGACGAAGUCCCGAAACGAACAUAGGGCUUCAACAGGACAUCUCUGCUUCAUCAUGUUCUAUGAAGUCCACUUUAGCUGUUUUCACUGGCUUCGCCUAUAAGCUUUGAUCUCCUCUUCACAUGAUCGUCUCCAUAUCAUAUUCUGACGCAGAGACUGGCGCGCCAUCUCACUCAACCGUUUCCUCAGAAUCUGUCUGAUCUAUCGCCUUUUUCAUUCGGCAGUUUUGUUGGCCAGUAUGUUGUUGAUUGGUUGGUUGGUUGGUUCGUUCCCAUGGUUCAUCUGAUCUUCGGUAUGGAGUGAAGAGAUGUGGACAGUUAGUGUUCAUCACCUGAGGCUUAUAAAUCAAUUCGUGUGGUAUUAUAAACUACUGAUUAGUUAAUGCAAUGAAUAGUAGUUGAAUAUCACUCACAUCAGUCAGAUCGAAGUGACAAUGAUAAUUUAGUUGAACUAAAUACACCGUUGAUGAGCUCGAUUAGCAUCGAGCAGAACGGCCGUUUGGGCCUUUUUUUUACAUCGUUUCGAUUCGACUAAGUGAUAAACACUACUGGUCAGUGUGAUGACUGGUAAGUAGCAUCCAACUACUGAUUUCAAUGUCUUGAAUCUUUAAUGCCAUGGAUUUUACAAUUAAUCAGUAUAAAUCAAAAGCAACAAUUAGAAAUCACCCGCCUAAAAAAUCAUACCAAUGAAUUAAAAGAACAACUUGAGUUAACUAAAACAAAUACAGUCAAACAAGUUAAUGAAAUGGCUAAACAUAUGGCAAAUUUAACUGAUGAAUUACAAUGUUUACGUCAUGAUGAACAUCAUCAUCAACAACAACAACAGCAAAUUAACUGUUUAUCUUCACCGUCUUCUAAUGAUAAUUCAUCGAAAAAAAUAAGUAGUACUCUAUUCAGCGUUUUGAAACGAUGAUCACGCGUUCAGUGAAGUAGCCCAUACUUUCAAAAAUCCCGCGUGAACUAAAAGUUACAAUUUAAUUGAAUGGAUGACUAUUUUCAGUAUUAUUAUUAUUGUAGUAAGUAAAAUUUUACCAGCUUCCUAAUAUACACAUAUUACCUAUUUGAAGGAAUAAUUGAAACUGGUCGAUGUUAUCUUCACUGCUAGUCCAGAUUGUUGUUUAAAUCUAUCAGCUGUCAUAUUUACUUAUUCGUAUCUUUUUUUGACUUUUUCCGAAGAUCAACUCUUUUGUUUCUUCUUUGCCUUUAUGUUUUCUACUACAAAUAUUGAUUUUCCGUGUGUGUGUGUGUAUGCAUGUAUGGAUGAAUGGAUGGAUGCGUAUGAUAUCAUGCAGUUCGAUCUGUUUUCAUUUCAGAGAAUGAGUAGUGUACAUUCUUGAAAUUGUGAUUUUUUAUAAUAUAUAUAUAUAUAUAUAUAUAU